GUGUGAAUGGGUGAUUGGGUCUGUGACUGGCAAGUGCUUUGGACCUUCAAAGAAGGUAGUAAAGCACUAUAUAAGUAUACGCCAUGUAUCAUUUUACCAUUUACACAGUGUUGGUGGUUCUGCUGCUGUACACUGGCGCCAACCUCAACCAUCAGGAUCAAUCUGGAGUUGCCCUAAGACACUCUGACCCAUUGGUAGGCAUGGUAGGAAUUGAAUCUACAAUUCUCCAUUCUGAGGUCAACCACUCAUCGUCUGCCACAUGGUAACCCUUUGCUUAUGAUACCUACACUAAUGACUGUGUUACCACAAACAUCCUUUUCUGAAGGAAGAGACGCUAAAGUAUUUCCAUGCCAAAAUUUGGUGCUUGUACCACAAAAUGCAUGAUUAUUUUAACAAACGGCAUCACUGUAUAAAAUUAGUAUCACAAACAUUUUGUAAAAGUAAUUUCACAUGUGAGUUUCAGAAUAAGUGUGCUGGAAUAAUACAGUUUUUUUUUUAAAUACAGCAUAAACCUGUUGCAUUAUGGGCAGUCAUUUGGUGAAUAGGUUGUGUCUGCAUUGUGGAAAGAAGAUCACAAUUUCCUUCACCCACCCCCCACCUCUCAUUGGCAAAUUCUUGACUGUUGUUUGUGGUGAGAAUAUGGUGAGGUGGGGGGGGAGGAUGGGCUACUUUGUAAACCAGUUGACGUGAGUACUUAAACCUCAGAAAAGCACAGAUAAACUUGACAACUGUAACUACGAAGAGCUGUGUUCACUCUGUGCUGUCAUUUAUUCAAUCUAACAAGAUGCAUUUUAGUCUGAUUUCAACUUCAUUUUUCUUUUUCACCACAUGGACACAUUUGGUUCAUGCAUUAAAUGGACCUAGGAAGGGAUGUGAAUGUCUUCAGGGGUCCGACACUCGAGUGAAAAUAAGCCUCAUCAAGAGCUACACCAUUCAAGAGGAGACCAUAUGUCCUGUCAGAGUUAUAAAGUUUCGGACUUUCUUGGGAAAAACUAUUUGUUCUAAUCCAAACAACAUCUGGACAAAAAAUACAAUGAAGAAGCUGGAUAUGCAGAAGAUAGAAAAAAAGAGCGCAAGCAAAGGAAGUAAAAUGACACCAACAAAGUCAACAGUGACACACGUGCCAUCCACACAGAAGCCUGGAGUUGGCACAAUGGCAGUUGCCAUUUCUGCAGCAAUGCAUUUGCCAUGCACAUUGAGGCCUAAAGCACAGAGGAUGAUGUCUUCAGCAUUCUCAUUGACAUCUGACAUGGCCACACUGAGACCUGCAACAGCCACACAGACAUUUGCAGAUUCUGUACAAGUCUUUACAGCAUCCCCACCAGCAUCUGGAGGAUCCUCAUCUGCAUUUGGAGCAUCCCUAUCUCCACCUGGAGUGUCCCCGUCUGCACCUGGAGCAUCCCCAUCUGCACCUGAAGUGUCCCCAUCUGCACCUGGAGCCUCCACAUCAGCACCUGGAGUGUCCCCGUCUGCACCUGGAGAUUCCUUGUCAGCUUCCCAAUCUCCAUCUGGAACAUCCCGAUCUGCACCUGCCAGAUCCACAACAACACCCACACCUCCCACAUUGGCAUCUACAGAAUCUGCACCUAAACCUCCAAUAUUCACACCAACACCUACAGAAUCUGCACCAGGAAAUGCCACAUCCACAAUGACACCUACAACUUCUGAAAACAUGCCAGCAGUCUCCAAACUGGAACGUGUGGCAUGCAGACCAGCUCCUUCAGGACCUGGUCCUGCAACUGCACCAUCCACAGUUACACCGGCAUAACCCACAAUGACAAUUGGAGCUUCCAGAUUGUUACAGCAAUGGCUGCAUUUUUUUUCAUUUUGUUCUGUGUUUUUUGUGGGUUAUUUUCUGUAUCAGAGUGUGACUCCUACAUUUUCUGAUGGUUUACAGGUGUGGUGUGGAAAGGGUUUGGCUCUCACUUGAGUUUUUGUGUGGAGGCUCACUUUGUGUAGUUUUUCGUUUGGUAUAUUUUAAAGUGAAGCUGUAAGGGUGAAAUGCAAUUUUCUAUCUUAUGUAUUUUCUUCUGUUUCUGUUAGUAUAUGAAGGUUAGUGUCUGGCAUUCCUUUUCUUUUGCAAUUAAGAUUUCUAGGUUUAGAUGGGAGGGAGUUUUGUUUGUUGUUUUGGUUCAUCCUGAAGCUGUUUUGCUUCACCUCUUUCACUUGUUGUUCUUUGCUAUUUAUCCUUUUCUUGUAAAUAAAUCCAUCUUUGUAGACCCAGUAAUUUGUUGUUUUAUUGUUGUUGACUGAAAGUCAGGGUUGUUAUGUUCCUCUAGAACCCCCUCCAGACAGAAAAAGAGCAUAACACCAACACAUAAGUUCAUAGAGAAACUGCAUGACAAUAAAAGUAAAAGUGAAAGGGAAGUAGCUAAACCAAGGAAACUUUGCAAGU